AGAGGAGGUGAAGUCCAAAUGUCCGAGGAUUACACAUGCAGAUCUAUACCAGCUAGCAGGAGUUGUUGCAGUAGAAGUCACUGGAGGUCCCACAAUCGACUUUGUUCCCAGAAGAAAGGAUUCAAGAGUUUCUCCAAACGAAGGAAGACUUCCAGACUAAUUUAGAUUAUUUUGAGUUGGACAUAAAAAAACGAAAAAAAAAAACAAAAAACGAAAAAAAAAACAAAUAUGAAAACCGAAAACCAAAAGCUGAAAACCGAAAAACCGAGCCGAACCGAACCGUUGACACCCCUAAAUACCCAAAAAAGUCGGGCCCAAUGCAAGAUUGUGUGCAUCCGUACAAUUAAUUGAACCGAACAAAUCUAUUUAACCCCAUAUAGUUACAAAAGAAAAGGUCACUACUUAGAUUAAAAUUUUCAGGGUUGAUUAAGUAAGCAAGAUGCUAGUGCGAUUCUAAGAAUUGAUUUGAAGUAGAAGUUGCUCCUAACUACUUGAGAUUUCAUCAUUGUAGACUCCUGAAGGUGACUCGGUAACCAUUAUUCCGAUCAACAUUUCACAUAUGAUCAGCUGGAUUUGCUACCAGAUGACAGGCGAGGCUCUGGGCGGCAAAAAUCUAGGAGACAGUUUGCCGGUGAUCUUCCAAAAGCUAUCCAGCUGUCGAUGGACCACCCAAGUCCUGGUGGUCCUCGCAGCCUUCGCUCUGCAUUACGGGAACUUCUGGUACAUCUCCGAAGCUCCUUGCGAUGGCAUAAAUGCAAUGUCCACUUGCCUCUUGAAGGGCCUGAGCUCACUGAAGAAGAAUCUAAUAUCCGACGAGAACAAGAAGGCGAUCAACAGGGUGGUCAGAGACCUCUUGGAGUUGACCACUUCCUUGGAUGGUCUUGUCAAGCUGCUGGAUCAGCACCGUGAGGAGCACGUGCCUGAAUUGGCAAAAGCAUUUCUAGCAAUACCCUUUCGGAGCUGCCAGACUAUCAUCGCCAUUCUGGCCGCCGGGAACUGUUUCGCCCGGCUUAUCCAUGUCGAUAAUCUCAGGUUUGCUGGAUCGGAGCUGGAAAAGCUUGAGUCGAUCGUGUCGGAGAGGAAGAGCGCAGUUCUCAUGGAGGUCGACGCUUGCAAGGAGAAAAUACGCUCGAUGGAGGAGUAUCAGGAGUACGUGGAAAAGGUCAAAAGAACCAGGGACAUCGCGGACUUUCUGAAAUCACUGCUUGAUGAGAAGGAUUCCUCGCAGGAUCCGAUUACUGGUCCCGAUAACAAGCGGGUCAAGUUUGAGUCGUUCAGAGGGAAGAGGGUAUUGCUGAUUAUUUCAGACCUAAAAAUCUAUUCGGACGACAUCGAAAUUCUUAAAAGUAUCCAUGAUAAAAUUAAGCUCUCUCGAACCGAGACGGAGACACUCUACGAGCUUGUUUGGAUUCCCAUUGUGGAUGCAAGGCCCGACCAUUCAGAAGCACCGCCAAACUUAUUCAAGUUUAAGAUGCCAUGGGCUGUUAAGGUAGACCCGCGUAGAAUGAACGUGUUGGCCCCUACAUAUAUCAAGAAAGAGUGGGGUUUCUGGCAAGAAACCAUGGUUGUGGUGUUGGACUCGCUGGGUCGGGUGGAGAAUCCGGAUGCCAUGCCCAUGCUACGGAUACUGCAGACGUUUCCUUUCCCUUCACGGAGGACUGAAAGUACCCAUCCUCGGACGAACCCAUUCAAUUGGGUUCAGCGUGUGAUCAAAGGACCGAUAGUCCCACAUGAGACAUUGGAUGCGAUUGAGACUGAGUACAUAUUGUUUUAUAGAGGAACUGCUGCUGCUGCUACUGAGUUAGACUCUGACAUCACCCGUGGAAUUCCUCGCCUUAGCAUGGUUCAUAUCAAGGACACGAAGGGCUUCUUCAUCCGCUUAAGGAGUUGCUUGAUUUCUAGGAUGGAAGCUGUGACAACUGAAAUCAACCCAUUGGCCGAUCCCAUAGUAUGCGACAUGGGUGAAGCCUACGAAGCCUGUCAAAUAGGCGGGUUUUCAAUACUCACCAAAGGGCGUGAUCUGCAGACGCAGCAUAUUGGCCUCUUCCACACGACUAGUACGCUUGUGAGUGAUCUAGAAUGGGUGAGGUAUGAGGUCACGAAGGAUGGUGGGAUGGAUCUUGCAGAAGCUUUCAAAAAGAAAGAACCAGGUGUUCAAGAACUAUCUGGCUGCAAGCACGCCUUCGUCCCACAGUUUCCAGAUCUAGGGUCUUUGUGCUGCCCUGUUUGUAGCGAACGCGUAACGUAUGAUGUUAGCUUCACAUGCUGUCAUUCGUAUUCCGGCAGAGGGUGCGGGCAAGAUGGAAAUUCCUCAACCAAUGCCACCACUGAAUGAAAAGCUUCAGUUCAGAACAUAACAGGUAUCUGUCGUUUAUGUUACCUUCAUAUGCUUGUAUGGUGAUGCGAUGAAAGCCUCUCAGGGCCUUAUCGCCAUUAUAUCAAAGAAUGAAUGAAUAAAUAAAUCUGGAGAUGUUAUAUGUGA